AUGCCACCUAAAGCUAAAAAACCUCCUGCAGGAAAAAAGAAGAGUAAAGCAAGUAAACGUCCCAGCCAAACUAACUUGAAUGUUGACAAUGGACGCGGUCGUCGGAACACGGAAAGAAGUGUGAUGCAGACACUGGAGCAAGAGGAGCCCACAGCAAACAACGAUGGUGUUCAGAAACCAGCCAAUGGCAAACCAAAGGAUAUGACUAGAACUAUGAUGUUGCCACCAGCACCGAUGCCCAAUCAGAUACCUCCCUCCACUCCUCAAGUUCCCCUUCCACCAGCUCAAGGAUCUCAAAUGCCACAGGUUGCACCCCAAAUGAAUCCGCUCGUGCCACCUAGUCGUCCACCACCUCAACUACCGGUUCAAGGAUCUCAAAUUCCUCAAAUGCAAAUGCCUCCUGCCACUCCGAUGCCUCCUGCUCCACGUCCACCACCUGGAGUGGUAAACCAGUCAUUGGCUUCUCCAUCUCCAUCUCCGAGUCAAGCUCAACUUGGACCAACUAAACCACCAGUUGUAGCUCCUCAACAAGGUGUUGUUGCACAACCAUCUCCAGCACCACCAGCACCACCACAGGAACCCUUCAGAAAAGCUUCUCGAGAAAAAGAUGACGGAUCUGUCGAUAUGGCUGAAACAUCAGACAAAAAAAAGAAAACGGACGUGAUCAACAGCUGGCUUCGUUUGGUUCUUCAGAGUGGUGUUGAGGGACUGAAGAAGGAGUAUCGUGAUAGUUUCAAUGAGGCACCAAUGGAAAGAGCAACUGUCUUUUUGGACAAUCCAACGAGAAACCGUUAUCACAAUAUCCCAUGUUGUGAUACAACUCGCGUCAAGUUGGCGGAUGAUCCAUAUUUUUACAUCCAUGCAAAUUUAGUCUCGUCUGGCCCAAACCCUCGCAGAUUCAUUUGCACACAAGCACCUCUCAAUGGGACUAUUGAAGAUUUCUGGAAGAUGGUGAUUGUAUCUGGUCUGGAGUAUAUUGUGAUGCUGUGUGAACUGGUUGAGAAAGGAAAACCAAAAAGUGCUGAAUACUUUCCGUUGAAAAUAGGAGACACUAUGAAGAUUGGAAAGUUAUGCACUAUCACCAAGGAAUCAAGUGUCGAUCACAUUCAUUGGAGGAACUGGCCAGAUCACGGAGUUCCUGAUAACUUCUUCUCGCCCUUCCGUCUUUUGACUGUUGUGAAAAGUUGCACGAAGCCGGUGGUUGUUCAUUGCUCAGCGGGUAUUGGUAGAACUGGAACUCUUGUUCUCAUCCUCAUCGUUUUGGAGUCUCUGUGCGCCCCCGACUUUCUUGGAGUACCACGUCUUCUGACCAAGCUUCGAGACGAGCGAUUCAAAUCAAUUCAGACUGAGAUGCAAUACCUCUAUGUUCAUCGUUGCAUCCUGGAAUACUUGGUCCUGAAGAAAUACACUUACUCCCGUGAAGACUACAACAAAUUCGCAAAGGAGUAUGAGCAAACACUAGCAGCAUGCGCCAAAGAAUAA